UGUGAUAAUUUUUUGUUAUAAUAAUUUUUGUAAAUAUGAAACGUCUAACAGAAGAAAUGGUUAUUGCUCGAACAAAAAUAUCUGAUUUGUCUGCAAUCAAAAGAUUAAAUUGUUGGGGCAGUGAAUUGACUGACGUGAGCUUGUUACGACGAAUGCACAGUGUUGAAGUUCUUUCAUUGAGUAUAAACAAAAUAAACAGCUUAGUGGAUUUUCAAUUUUGUCGCGGUCUUCAAGAAUUAUAUGUUAGACAAAAUAAUAUCAAAGAUAUAAAUGAAGUCUGCUAUUUACAAGAAUUGCCAAACUUGAAAAAUUUAUGGCUAGGAGAAAAUCCAUGUGCAGCAAAUGAAGGAUACCGACUAGCAGUUUUACGAGCCUUACCACGACUACAAAAAUUAGAUGACGUAGCAGUAACACCAGAAGAAUUGUCUGAUGCAAAUCGUCGAGGUCAAAUUUUAGUACAUCCAGAAGAUGAAGAUCAUAACCAUGGCGAUUAUUACCAAAGUAAAAGUUCACAACCAGCUGCAUCAAGACGAAGUACACCAGAAAUCAGUCCUACACGAUUAGAGUCAACAAGGCAGUCCUCCUAUGAUCCUGACGACGAUCAGGAUUAUUAUACUGAAGCAGAUGAAUUAGUCAAUGAUCGACGGUCAUAUCAUUCACCUAAUGGGAAGGAAAGUCCACCACGAAGACAUGAGCCUGAACCAAGGAAAAUUUAUUCACCAGAGCCCGAUACUAGUCCAGUGUUUUAUGAUGAUCGACGGAAUGCCAACAAUAGCUAUGAGAAUGGGUCACCAAAACAAUUGCGACAGUACCAGUACGAUCGAUCACCAGUCACCAGUACUAACAACACAGAUGAACAAGGCUACACACCAGAUAGUCCGAAAGAAGAAAGAAUACCACACAGUUCAUCUGUUCAAUCUGUAAAGGAUUACACAAAUGGCGAUCGGUAUCAAAAUUAUCACCAAUCAUCACAUCGGCAAAAUGAUGGUGGAGGAGGCAGCGAUGGCUCAAAUAAUGGACAUUAUGAUUAUCCACAAUCAAAUGCACAAAUGAGGCAAUCACAAAGGGAAGUGCGUGACAGAAAUAAUGAUCGUUGUGAACGCAACUCAUGUGCAGUAAAUCAUCGACCACCAUUUCAUCGACGACCGGUUACAAGGAACUCAAAUAUAUUGAGUGCAGUACUAUGUUUAGUCAAAGAAUUGGACUAUCCAAGUCUAGAAGUUGUAGAAAUGGCUGUUCGAUGUCGAAUGGAUGAAUUAGAAGACUGACAUAAAGCAAACAGCAUAGAUGGAAGCGGUACUGAAAAUACGCCAACAAAUAAUGCUGAUAAUCCUUAAUUGCUUUUUAUUAUUGCCUUUUUUGAUAAAUGUUAAAAUAUAUAACAAUAUAAUAUAUACUUAAAAAAUACAAAUACUCAUUCGUGAUUUUAAUUUUUAAUAUAAUGGGCUUUCCAUUAAGAGUGUCGGAAAAUUAAAUAAAAGAAGUUAUAUAUGAAAUAUCUAUUAUUUGUGUUUCUUGUCAUUUUUCGUGUUAGAAUACCAAUUAAAUGGCAGGCAAAGCUUCGCUCGGCUGAGUGUUUUAAUUAUUGGGAUAUUGAGAAAAUCAUCGUACAAUAUGUUUACCCUGCACAACGUGAUUAGCAUUGGCUUCUAUCGACCAAUAUUGUAAAUUAAAUUGUUCAGUAAAUAAUAUUCAGACAGCACGCGAACAAAUAAGCACAAACAAUGUCUUCAAUGGUAUCGAAUCCAAUAUAUGUGGUCGAGUCACCGAAGAAUUGUAUUUUUCACAUAUAAACGCGGCCCUGCAGAGUAGCAUCAAUUACCAUUGGGCUUGUAUUAUUAUAUAACAAAAAAUAACAAAAUAUUAUUUCGCAUAAAAAAUUCAAAAAUAUCUCAUAUACAACUUGUUUAAGUUCGGUCACUCUUAAUAUAAAACCCUUUAGUAAUUGUUUUUCUUGUGCAUU